AUGGAUAGUAUUGGUAUAGAUGUCCAAUCAUCUUAAUUUAUGCCAACAGAGUUGCCUGAUAUCAUAGAUCACUUCAUAUGCAAGCUCUGCAAAUAAGUUGUAUAUUAGCCAAAAGAAUGCCCCAAAUGCUCCAAUCUAUAUUGCUUUGACUGCGUUAAUAUCUAACUUUCGGACAAGGGGAAGUGGCAAUGCCCCUAUCCAGAAUGUAAAGCAGCUGAUGGUGUAGUGGAAAUUCACAGAACAGUGAAAGAAAUCCUUGAAAAGUUAGUUUUCUCUUGCCCUAAAUGCAAUACAGUCAAGAGAACUUAUAUUGAAAUUAACAAGCACUCAGCUUUAUGUGAUGGUGAAGAUAAUGGAAGGAUGGAGACUGAAGCUAUUGAGAGUUUCAAGGAGGCUGAGAAAAAGCAGCUAGCAGAGGCCCCAGUCUAAGUGCAAUAUACUGAGAUGAAUAUCUACAUAAUGGAGAAGGAUUCAAAGAAGUUCUAUUUAUAUAACAGCAGAACUCAAGCAGUGUCGAUUCAUGAAGUCAAUUGUCCAAGCAACUUUCCUCAUAAUUUCCAAGCUAUUUAAGUUGGACUUGUUCAAACAAAAGUUUAUAUAGUAGGAGGUGGAGACUUCAAUCAAGUCCCUGAGUCUAUGUUUUAGCUGAGUCAGAUUGUUCUUAACAAUUCGACGAAUAAAUAUUAACUAGAAGCUAGGGAGAAAAUGAAGUUUGCAAGACAUGGUCACUCUUGCUGCAGUUUAGGAGAAAAAUUCAUAGUAGUAACAGGAUCAAGAAAAGAUACUGACAGAGCUCCUUACAGAACUGAGUUGUAUAAUACUGAGACUAAUAAAUGGAUUGAACUAGCUCAAUUCAACCAAGGAAGACAUUACCACUCAAGCUGCUCACUCUAAAGCAAAUUCAUCUUUGUUUUCUGUGGUAUUUCUAAUGAAACCAAAAAAUAUCUUAAUACAAUUGAGAGACUCGAGUUUAAUGCUGCAGAUAUCUAAUCAUCCCUCAGACAAAGAUGGGAAUAGAUAGUUGUUAACAACCAAAACCUGCUUGUACCAAGACAAGGUUCUGGAGUAUGCUAGAUAAGCAAUGAUGAAAUUCUUAUUGUAGGAGGAUUUCACGGCAACUUUUCAAAUGAAACAUUCUUCUUUAACAAUUAAACAAAGUCUAUCAGAAAAGCUUAUAAUGAAUUAAAGGACAGUAUUUUCCCCUUCUAAGUGCCAACUAUUGCUGAUCCUCUUAACCAGUCUGUAUACACAGUGGACUGGUAGACGUAUAAGCUAUAUGAAUUUAAGAAUGAUAAAUGGUAACUUAAAAAGAAAAUCAAGCCAUGA